UUGGAAGUUUUGUUUGUGGUGUUGCACUCACCUCAUCAAUCAGAGGGACCAUCAAGCACCAAUGAUUGUUUACCUUGUAUGCAUAUUAUACUAACCCAAAUACCAAAAAUAUUGCUUUGUUUCUUUGUAGGCUUUUGUUUUGUAGGUACCAAGCCAAGACAUGCAUUAAGCAAGGCAUUUUUCACAUUUUUGACUGAUGAAAUCGAUUUCCCUACUGGGUAAAUCGAUUUCCCUGCAGCAAUCUUCAUCAAAAUCACAUUCUGGACAGCAUGAAAUCGAUUUCCCUCCUGGGUAAAUCGAUUUCCCUAGUGUAUUUUGCGCCAAUUUCUCUUCUGGAACAGAGUGAAAUCGAUUUCACCCCUGGGGAAAUCGAUUUCCUUCAGGCAAAAUUCAAAAAAAUAUAAGGAGGGAAGCUUGACAUCAUUUUGGCACCUUUUUCUUUGAUCAUUUUACCAAUUUUCCACCUCAUCAAAAUUAACCCCUUCAUUAAACCCACUUAAACCUCAUUUUACCAUUUCUUACCAUUUAAACACCACUUUAAUCAUCAAUUAAACACAAGCUAAUUACCAAAUGCCAAAAGACCAAAUUGCCACUACUCUUGCUCCAAUUCUAUAAAUAGAGGCCUUGCCUCUCUCAUUUCUCAAGCUUUGAGAGCCAACAAAUCCCUUGCAAUUUCUCUCCUCAUCCCUACCAAAUUCACCAAAGCUCUUUUUCUUUCAUAAAGUUUGUGAGUCACAUCUUGAACCUCACAAACUUUGAGCUAAAGCCACCAUCCAUUUCACUCUUUUUUCUUCAAUUAUUGAGAGAUCAAGAUUUGUGUUGGUGAUUCUUGAAGUAGAUCCAAGUUUGUGCAAGAUUUGAAUCAAGCUGUCUCACCGGUAUAAUACUCGAGCUAACUGCAAGAAGAAGAUGGAAGGUCUUGAACAAGAGAAUCGUGAGCUACGUGAAGAGGUUGUUACUUUGAGAUCUGGUGUGGAUCGUCUCACUGCUCUGGUUGAGACAUUGAUGGCUGCUCAGAAUCAGAAUCAGAAUCAAGUUCCUCCUCCCAAUGACCAAGCUCAGGGUCAGACCACUGUGAUUUCUGAAAUUGCUGCUACAACCAUUCCUGCUAUUCCUGUUAGUGCUACUCAGCAACGAAUGCCUAAUGGAUACCCCUGGGGCAUGCCUGAAGGUUAUCUGUCUGUUCCUGAGAUGACUCGUCCGUUGACUCCUGUUAUGGUCAACACAUCUCCUAUUGUUCAUACUGGUCCUUUUGUCCCAGAGCCCAUUUAUGAUGCUGCUCCAAGUGAAAUUCAUGACAGAAUGGAUGGUUUCCAAGAUCAGUUUGAGGAACUGCAGAAAGAGAUGAAAGCCUUGCGUGGGAAAGAACUGUUUGGAAAGAAUGUGCAUGAUCUUUGCCUUGUUCCCAAUGUGAAAGUACCUGCUAAGUUCAAACUGCCUGAAUUUGAGAAGUACAAAGGAAAUUCCUGCCCUCAGGCACAUUUGGUGAUGUAUGUGAGAAAGAUGUCCACUCACACUGAUGAUCAACGUCUGUUGAUCCAUUAUUUCCAAGACAGUUUGACUGGAGCUGCUUCUAAGUGGUAUAUGGGCCUUGAUAGCACCCAUAUUCGCACUUUUAAUGACUUAGCCGAGGCGUUUGUGAAGCAAUACAAGUAUAAUGUGGAUAUGGCUCCUGAUAGGGAUCAAUUGCGAGUUAUGGUGCAGAAAGAGAAAGAAUCCUUCAAGGAAUAUGCUCAGAGAUGGCGUGAGGUUGCCGCCCAAGUGGUUCCUCCGAUGGAAGAAAAAGAGAUGACUAAGAUUUUUCUGAAGACUCUUGGCCCGUUUUAUUAUGAGAAGAUGAUUGCAAGUGCUCCUGUAGACUUCACUGAAAUGGUGGGUAUGGGUGUCAGAUUGGAAGAAGCUGUGCGAGAAGGUCGUUUGGUUCGAAAUGACAAUUCGUCUGGUGGUGCGAAGAAGUACGGUUCUUCAUUUCAAAAGAAGAAAGAAUCAGAUGCUAAUGCUGUUUCUCAUGGGAGGAAUAGUCGAUUCAGGAAUCAAUCUCAACAAGUGGCGUCAGUGACUCCUGUUGUGAAUUCAGUGCCUGUAGCUCCUGUUAAUCAACAACCAGCAAGGCGGAAUCCGUAUCCUCGGAUUAAUAUUGAUCCUAUCCCUAUGACGUACACUGAACUGUAUCCUGCUCUAAUUCAUAAGAAGCUGGUUCAACCAAGGUUACCACCUCCUGUGCCAGAGAAACUCCCUUGGUGGUACAAAGCUGAUGCCACUUGUGCUUUUCAUCAGAAUGCUCCUGGGCAUGAUUUGGAAAACUGUUGGGCCCUGAAGAAUGAGGUUCAAAGAUUGGUCCGUUCUGGAAUGCUCUCUUUCCGUGAUAUUGGUCCAAAUGUGAAGAACAAUCCGUUGCCAACUCAUGAAGCGUCUGCUGUGAAUAUGGUAUAUGGAUGCCCUGGGAAGUAUAAGAUUUAUCAUGUGGAACACAUCAGAGGAUCAUUGGUAGAGAUGCAUGCCACUCUAUGUGAGUAUAGUCAUUAUGAGCAUAAUCAUGCUGCUUGUAGGAUUUGUUCAGUUAAUCCCCGAGGGUGUUACAUUGUGAAAAGAGACUUGCAAGAGAUGAUAGAUCAAAGGCUUAUUGAGAUUCUGAGGGAUAGAGAUGAAGAUGAUGUCAAUGUGAUUGAACCAUGCUUUGAAAUCCCGGAAUGUGUAGAGAUUGGUUAUUAUGGCAAAGCUGCUGUGGAACCUCUUGUGAUAUGUUUGCCUGGAUCUGUACCUUAUAGUUCUGAUAAAGCUGUACCUUACAGAUACAAUGCCACCAUGCUGGAAGCUGGAAAAGAAGCUGAGAUUAAGCCUCUGUCUUCUGUUGAGAAUAUAGCAGAUGUUAGUAGAGUGACUAGAAGUGGACGAGUUUUUACUCAGCCCCAAACAGUUGUGGAUGUCCAGAGGAAUUCUACUCCAGUACCUGUGAACAAUAAUGAUGUGACAAAAGUGAAUGCUGGGUCAUCUUCAGGAAAGGAGAUGGAUGAGAUUUUGAAGCUUAUCAAGAUGAGUGAUUAUAAGAUCGUGGAUCAGUUGCAUCGCACUCCGUACAAGAUUUCUAUAAUGGAACUGUUGGCGAAUUCUCCUGCUCAUAGGGAUUCUCUGAUGAAAAUACUUGAUCAAGCCUUUGUGGAUCAUGAUGUGACGCUGGAUCAGUUUAAUGGGGUUGUGAGCAAUAUCACUGCAUGUAACAAUUUGAGCUUCAGUGAUGAAGAUUUGCCUGAGGAAGGAAGAAAUCAUAAUUUGGCUUUGCAUAUCUCUGUCAAUUGCAAAGAGGAUUCAAUGUCCAAUGUGUUGAUCGAUACUGGAUCAUCUCUGAAUGUCAUGCCAAAGUCCACUCUUGCUAAGCUGUCUUAUGGUGGCACACCAAUGAGAUUUAGCAAUGUGAUCGUCAAGGCUUUUGAUGGGUCGAAGAAAUCAGUGGUCGGAGAGGUUGAUUUGCCUAUUGGUAUUGGACCAUUUGUCUUCAAGAUUACUUUUCAAGUGAUGGAUAUUUUCCCUGCAUACAGUUGCUUAUUGGGACGCCCGUGGAUCCAUGAGGCUGGGGCAGUCACUUCAACUCUUCACCAAAAGUUGAAAUUUGUGAAAGAUGGAAAGAUGGUUGUUGUGAAUGGAGAACAAGCGUUGCUGAUUAGUCAUCUCUCUUCGUUCCGUACCAUAGAAGCUGAAGAAGUGGUCAUUGGAACUGCAUUCCAAGCCCUGUCUGUUAAUGAUGAAAUCAAAAAAGAUGAAGCUUCCAUUGCCUCCUUCAAAGAUGCUCAGCUGGUGGUUCAGAAUGGACAUUCAGGAGUCUGGGGACAAGUGGUGAGUCUUCAAGAGAACAGGAAUAGAGCUGGUCUGGGAUUUUCUGCCUCAGAAAAGUCUGUGAUGAAGCCUGAAUCUGCUUUUCGUCCUUAUCAGGAAAUGUUUCAUAGUGCUGGGUUUCUACACCCGACUCUUCCAGAGGUGAACGCUAUUAUUGAAGAUGAACCAGAGCCAGAAGUGCCAAGCUUUGUGACCCAUGGAAAGAUAAUUAAGAACUGGAUCACCAUUGACAUUCCUGAAUGUACUCAUGUCUCAAAGUAAUUUGCUUUUAUGUUUUU